CCCCAUUUUUUGGGGCAUAAGAGGCCCCAUAUGACGUGGCCGUUCAAAGGAGAAGAUAGUCAUCAAGAGCAAAGCUUCUCGCUGUCGCCGGCAGAAAACAAGGAAGAAAGGCGGUUGUACAGGGCACUCCCGGUGUUUUGAGAGAGAGAGAGAGAGAGAGAGAGAGAGAGAGAGAGAGAGGCGGUGGUGCCAUGGUAGGAAUGGUGGCGUCUAUGGCGCUUCCAUGCGUUCCAUCGGGGACGUUGGUUAUGGGAUUUGACGGAGUGGGGUGGUCUCCUCCGGCUAGCCUGGGGUCCACCAACGAUCACCCUGGGGUCGGGGUCGGGGUCGGGGUCGGGUUCGAGAAGUCGCCUUUGGCUGAAAUGGCAUCGUGCGGGUCAUUACCGAAAAUGGAAAUGUCCAUUUCUGGCUCUGUCUCGAAGCGAUUGAUUCGCGGAAGCAGACGCGGGACGAUCCCCCGGCGGCAACACUCGAUCGGUCUGCCGCCAUGCCACGUGGCAGCCCGAGGAGGAGGAGGCGCGGUGCGAUGGCCGUCUUCGUCGUCGAGCGAUGGAAGUCGGCAGAAUAAGAAGAAGAGGCCUGGUCGCCACGCUGUGCAAACGACAAAAAUCUCCUGCCCACGUGUCUUCACCCCCUCCUCUUUCGAUGUAAUCGAGAAGAAUUCUUAUCCGUUUUUCGUUCCCGCCAUGAGCGGGCGUGCGCUGGUGGACAACAGCAUGCCAAUCAUCUCUUCGACUGCCGCGCGGCGGCUGCAGCUUUCCCGCACUCUCUCCUCCUCCUCCUCCUCUGAACAUUGGAAGGACUCCACUCAAUCUGGGUUCGACGUGGCCGCGGAAUGGUCGGCGGGAAAGAAGGCACGUGGCGCCCGAUGGCGAGCGGCAGCCGGCGGGAAAGAAGCGACAAAAGAUUUCCGAUCGGGCGGGAGCGGUGAGAAAGGGCGCGAUCAAAAGGCGAUAGCGAAGAAGGGCGCGCUGGUGUCAUCGCUCUGCGCGGCGGCGGAGAUUCCGCAGCAGGCGAGGAGCGGUAUGCCCGCCACGUGGCACCAGGAGGACGACUGGAUCGACGAGGCACGUGGAUGGGUAAGGCAAGAACGGGUUGUGACUAAUAAACCACCAGGACAUAAUUGGAUAAGCCACGUGGCACCAGGGCGAUUGAACAACGUAGGAGGAUGGGUUUAUUCGGAGGAAAAUGGCGGGAAAGAGUCCAUAAUGGGAGCCCACGUGUCAGUGUUUCCGCUAAGAUGGCUGUCGAUAGUAUCCAGCACCAGCAGUUCAUCUGAGGGAUCGGCGGCCAUAGCUAGAGUAGUAGUAGAAGAAGAAGAAGAAGAAGAAGAAGAAGAAGAAGAAAAAGAAGAAGAAGAAGAAGAGUGGACUGGGUAUGCGAAGACGACGGAGGAGGUGUCCUCCUCCUCCUCCUCCUCCUCCCCUUACUUCCCUUCCCACACCACUCGGUACGCGUCUCAAGUAAGUCAUCUCCCACUCAGGCCGACGUCAUCGGGUGACUUGGUGCAGGCAGACGGAGUGGCAAGCGGAGGAGUCCUCCGAGGAGAAGAGGGAGGAAAAAGAGGAGAAGAGGGAGGAAAAAGAGGAGGAGAAAGAGGAGGUGGAGAAGGGGUAGGAGAAGAAGGAUGGGAAGGUGGUACUUCAGCUCUUGGCCUGGGGAGGGAGCUGACGAAGUAUUCUCAGACUAAGCUUAGCAAGGCAGAGGGGGAGGAGCAGAAAGAGGAGGAGAGACAGGAGGAGGAGGAGGAGGAGGAGGAGGAGGAGGAGGAGGAGGAGGAGGAGCGAGAGAAGCUGCUGGAGUCGUUGCUGGUACGGUCAGCCAGGUCCAUGCCGUACGUUGCAGAGAAGUUGUGGCGCUCAUACAUUUACUCGGAGUUCAGCAGCGCCGUGCAGUCUUCACCCCCGCCUAGACAGAAGCAGGAGAGCGCGCUCAAAGACGACUACUACGUCAAUGUUGGAUACGCCAUCAGAACAUUGCGGGAGGAGCUUCCCUGUCUCUUCUACAAGGAGAUGAACUGGGAUAUCUACAGGAAUGACGUUGUCUUCUGCGAUCCAUUCAAUCGAUUUCAAGGCAUUGAAAGCUACAAAAGCAUAUUUUGGGCAUUAAGGUUCCACGGUCGGAUCUUCUUCCGGGUCCUUUGGGUGGACGUUGUUAGGAUAUGGCAGCCAUGCGAUAAGGUGAUAAUGGUUAGGUGGACGGUGCGAGGGGUUCCGCGAGUGCCGUGGGAGGCCCAGGGUCACUUCGAUGGCAAUUCAGAGUACAAACUGGAUGAGAAUGGGAAGAUAUACUCGCACAAAGUGGAUAACGUCAUUAUGAGUCCAAAACCAAGACCGCGCACAGUGAUCGAACUCAUACGGAUUGCAGCUCGGGCUUCGAGUCCCACCCCAACGUAUUUCUUCAGAAGGGCACGGGAGUUUGCUGCCAGUAUUGUACCCUAUGUGCAAUCCUUCUCGUGGGUCCGAUUUUACAUCGCCCUGAGAGCGACUUUGGGAGUCAAGGGAGAACUCCCAGAAGCAGAGGCAUGAAAGCGUGUACUACCUGCUUUCAUCAGUGCUCUAGACCCUGCAUGUGGUCCGAUUUUGAACAUUGUGCAUGCGUGUUGCGGUCCAAUUUAUUAACAUUGUGUCUUGUUCUUCUUGACACAACACGUGCAUGUGUGCACAGCAGACACGUGCUGAUUUGCAUGUGCGAGAGAAGGGGGGAGAGCGUCGGGGGGAGAAGAGUAGGGAGAGAGGGAAUAGAGAAAAGAGGGAGAGAGAGUCGAAUACAAACUUCUCGGGAAACUGGGAUAGCUUGCACAUACGUGGCUGCAGGGUUGAUCUCCUGAGUUUUGCUUUGUUCUGUUUUCUGUUUUCCUUUGCUUUUUUUCAAAAGGUUCGAAUCCGUUCGAUUUUAACGACUUUGUUCUUGGCUUCUGGGAAGCUGGCUAGUAUCACAGAAGUCUGCUUGUGCUGAGAAUAUGGUGCAUCAUUUACGAGGAGAAAAGGGUCAACAGGGCGAACGACUGUUUGCGACCUGUUUUUGUAGCCCAUUGUUGGAGAGGAGAUACUGGCUGUGGCUCAAGGGUCGAAACAAAUGGGCAAAGAACUUCGCAACAUGUACUGUUUUUUGCCCCCCCUUUUUCAGGGAAGCAAUCGAAGGAACAGGAGAGGAGGAGGAGGAGGAGGAGGAGGAGGAGGAGGAGGAGGAAGAGAAAGUAGGAGCAUGGUGUCGUUGGAAAUUAGAUGAGUCGUGUCAUCUGCCGGCCGGCAUCUCAUUGCUAUAGAGACCUGCAACUGACUUGUUGGGGAGGCCUCUGCCACGCGUUUCGUAAUCAACGAAUCUCUUCAUGCAAAGUCCUGACUUUUGGGGUCAGGUUCUUCGCAUUUUCUUGCCCUUUGGUCCACACUAAGUGUACGAUCCUUGCAUUGCUCAGUACUGUAAGCAAGGAGCCUGAGAGUUACUUCCGCCUUUUAUUGGGGCCUCCACUUGAAGCGUAUACCACUUCUCCUUGUCUACUUCCAGCAUCGGGCAGGUGUGAGACUCAGGUUUCUUUGUUCACAAAAGCUUGGUUGAUUCUUGGUUUCUUCCACUGUGCACGGCUUGGAACUACUCAGGGUCAGGUGACCUUUCUGUUGUUCGCAGGAGACAUAUAAAUCUGUCGACGCCACCAUGGAACAAGCGUUGGUCCGUGACGAUAUGUCGAGCUGUGCCUGUUUACUGAAAUUGCAGCAAUGUCUAUUUUACUAUAAUUUAGUAUUUGUGCUGUGGGGAAACUUGAAAGCAUAUCUUGACGCAAACGACUUCGGAGGCGACGGAAGGGCACGAGUGACACAAACUUUGUUCGUUCCAAUUACGUAAGGGGCAAUCUGUACACUCUUGCCGGAGGGGGGGAAAAAACAGCAGUUUGGCACCUCAAAGGCUUCACACUUUUCUCAUCUUUCAAGACGCGGUUUGUCAUUUUUGCAGCAUUGCCCCCCCCUCUCCUCCCCCCCCCCCCCCCCCUCCCCCUUACCAACUGGCAUAGCUCAGUCAGUACACCUUUGAACUGUCGAAAUACAACUUUUCACCCUUGGCUCCACUGGAAGGAGAUGAGUAAAAAAUACUCCAGUAA